UCCCUCCCGCCUCAUCCUCCAGCUCUGCCUCGUGUGCAGCUCUCUUUCAUACCUCGCGCCUCUCUCUCACCUAUACCUCGCUCGCCGCGCACCUCUGCGCCGCUGCCUGCUCGUCUGCGCCGCCGCCUCGCCGCUGCGCAUCCGCACGCACACUCGUCUCCACGCCGCGCCGCACUCGGCCAGCUCGCACGUAGCCCGAGUGCUCUGCAGCAGCCAGCAGGAGCGCAUCUCUCUGCGCGCACUGCAUCCGCUGCGUCUGCGUGUCUCGCUCUACGCGCGCACCGCCUCGCCCGCUCGCUCGCCUCUGAGCCGCACAGACAGACGGCCGACAGCACCUUUCCGCUGCGCCACGUCUGGGCCCGCUCUGCCGCACUCUGAGCAGCGCCUGUGCGCCCUGUGACUGCUGCUGCCGCCGCUGCUUCCAGCUGCCAGCCGCCGGCCAUGAAGGGUCUCAAGGACUUCCGGCGCUCCUUGAACAAGGACCGCACCUCGGGCGGCCGGCCCGGCGCCUCGGCGCCGCCGACGUUCACGGGCGUCAAGAACGCCGUGUCCAUCCAGCCGCCCAAGAAGGUGAUCCGCGCCACGCGCGACUACCGCUCGCGCGCGCCACAGGAGCUCAGCUUCCACAAGGGCGACUUCUUCCACGUGCUCUCUGACGAGGCCGGCAACCCGGACUGGCUCGAGGCGACGAACCCCAUCACCAAUGCGCGCGGCCUCGUGCCUGCAGCCUACUUUGACGUGCUGACAAACAACCGGCCGCCGGGCGCUGGCGGCGGCGGCGGCAGUGCGCUCAGCUCGCCGACGCUCGGCGCGCCGCCGGCGGGCAGCAUGGGCGCGCGCAGCGGUGCCACCUCGCCCGCCGUGACCGCAAAGGGCGGCGGCGGCAUGUAUGCCAUCGUCAAGUACGACUUUGCGGCAGAGCGUGCCGACGAGCUCGAGGCAAAGGCGGGCGAGUCGAUCAUCGUGAUUGCGCAGUCGAACUUCGAGUGGUUCGUGGCCAAGCCCAUCGGGCGUCUCGGCGGGCCAGGCCUGAUUCCCGUGGCGUUUGUUGAGAUCAAGGAUCUGACAACGGGGCGCGUCGUCGAGAACGUGCAGGAGCUCAUCGAGAGCGGCGCUGUGCCAAAAGUCGAGGAGUGGAAGAAGAUGACGGCCGACUACAAGAAGAACACGAUUCCGCUGGGCCGCUUCGACUUCCAGGGCGCGGCGCCCGUCAACGACUCGCCGUACGGGCAGCCAGCGCCGGAUCCGCCGAGCAAGGACUCUGGCUACGGGCAGACGCAGCACAGCGAUCAGCUGCUGUAUCAGCAGCAGCAGGAGCACCAGCAGAUGAUGGCGCAGCAGCAACAGAUGCAGCAGCAGCAACAGCAGCAGGGCCAGCCCGAGCUGCCGCCAGGCAUGCCGCCGGGCGAACCGCUGCCGGCGGGCAUCGUCACGUCGGCCACCGUCGACUCGUUCCACUACGAGCAGGGUGACUACUGGUUCCGCAUCCAGGCCGCGCACGUCGCAGGGCCCAGCUCGUCUGCGCCAACAAGCGUGCCGCGCGCGCCGGCAGGCGAGGAGCGCGACCUGAUCCUGUACCGCCUGUACGAGGACUUCUACGAGUUCCAGAUCGCGCUGCUCGACCACUUCCCUGCCGAGGCGGGGCGCGAGGUGGAUGCCAAUGGGCAGCCGAGCGAGCGCAUUCUGCCGCUGAUGCCCGGCCCGCUCGACACCGUCGACGAUGUGAUCACCUCGCAGCGGCGCUACGACCUCGACGCGUACAUCGUCGAGCUGUGCGCGCUGCCGCAGUACAUCCUGCGCUCCGAGCUCGUGCGUCUCUUCUUCGAGCCGCGGCCCGGAGACCACUGCACGACGCAUCCGCUGAGCCAGCAGGCACAGGCGGCGGCUGCGGCAGCGGCGAGGCAGAAGGUGGACGCGAACCAGCUGGGACAGGAGUAUGACUACCUGUCGAGCCACGUGGCGGACGAGGCUCGGCCGCCGGUGCCGCCAAGUAACGGGACGAGCAAAUACGCAGAGGACCAGCCUGUCGGGCCGCGCUCGAGCGUGGACGACAUGGCGCGCAGUGUGGGCCGACUCAGCAUGGGCGCCGGGCGGUCAAGCGGCGGCGGGCAGCGCAACUCGGGACAGUCGGGCACGGACUCGCGCAGCAGUGGGGCAGCGCGCUCGGCCGGCGGCGGCGCAGCGUCACAUCUGCAGCCGCACGGCUCCAUGUCGCGCAAGCACUCGGGCACCACUGUCGACUCGCAAGGCUCGGGCACUUCUGCACAUGCGCAGCAGGCACCGCCGGCGCCGCAAGCAGGCGCGCCGCCGUUCAUCAAGAUCAAGAUCUUCCACCGCGCCAACGACGACCUCGUGGCGAUCCGCGUGCCGCCAAACGUGACGCACGCGGCGCUGCUGGAGAAGGUGCGCGAGCGCCUCGGCUCUGACCUGGCCAUUCUGCGCUACCGCGAGCAGGCGCCAGAGCCGGGCGCCAGUGGCCUCAUGCGCCUCAGCGACGACGAGGAUCUGCGCGAGUGGCUCGCCAGCGGCGCCAAGCUCGUCCUGUACGCCGAUGUGCGAUAGCCGCCGUCGCCCGCUGCAGAUGUCCCUCGCAUUCUCUCUCUGCGCGUGCCGCAUGCAUGGCCGCCGCCCUUCUCGAGUCUUCCUCGUCGCUGUGCUAGACCUCUCAUACCUCGUGCGCUCCUUCCAUUGCUGCUCCAUCUGCCGGCGUCACAAGUGCCUCAUGCCUCUCUCCCCAUGGACCCCUUUUUUCUCUUCUUCCCUUGGGCCUGCUCCACUUCUUCGUCUUCUCAUCCCUCUUCUAUUCCGUCUCACGGCUCUUCUACCC